UUACCCUCAUCUGUUACCCACUCCGUUACACACACUCACUCUCCGUCACUUUCCGUUAACUCUCAAACAACACCCAAUCUAGCCCCAAAACCUGUAGUUGCUCUCAAUGAAACUUGCAAUUUUAUCUUCUCAUUUUUUUUCUCUCUCUAUCCCUCCAUCAACACUGGAUCUGGACAUUUUCCCUCCCAAUUUCUCUCUUUUGUUGGGUUGCUGCUAAAUCAUUCACAUAGGCAAAUUCGUGAUGAAGAGGUACCAAAGUGGAGAAAUAUUUUACCCAAAAUCCAUGUUGUACUUGAAGAUGCAAAACAGAAGCAAGUAAAUAACAAGUUGGUAAAGUUAUUUCUUACUGAUCGUAGAGACUUGGAUUUUGACAUGGGGGAUAUUUGUCACGUCCCAAAACCAGGAGCGAAACAAACGCCAUACACUCAUGGACAGAUCCCACAAAUGCACAAAGCUCGAAACUUACAGUGUUCAUAAUUACCAAUUUACAUAACUUAAAUCUGAAAACUCGGUUAACGUUUAGCUUUCAAUUACCAAAAAUUUGCUAGUCCAGAUGUACAAAAGUUUAUAAGAUAGUCAUGGCUAUAACCAAGGGAAACUUAGUAUACCAAAAAAUGAUUUCUCAUUUCAUAUCUAUGACAAGCAUGUGUGGCUAACAACCUAAGCCCAAAAAGGAUCUAAGUCCAAAAUACUAACUAGCCGUCUAGCUCGUCACUCCCCCUGGUUAAUCGUACCUCAGGUCUCACUUCCUAAAAUGAUGGACAAGGAAAACUAUGAGAUAAAAUAUCUCAGUAAGUAAAAAUAUAUGGAUAGC